AUGAUCUCCAUGGCGAUCUCUUCAGCCGAGUGCAGCACAUGGUUGGCUGUAUCCCUUAGUAUAGCGGUUGCUGUAGUUGCAGUGAACCUCCUAUCAAUUAUUAUUUUUGUAAAGAACAGUAAUCUUCGCACUCGUUCCAUGUACUUGGUCAUAAACUUGACCGUGGCUGAUAUGUUUGUUGGAGGAAUUUCCACUAUCAGUAUAAUAGUAUUAGUUUUUCUCCGCAACGAUUGCGAAGCUAGAAAUGUGUCUUUCACCUCUAUUUUUAAGCAGGAAUGGCAACCUAUCUUGCUUGUGCUUGUCAUGAUCGACAUCUGGCUUUCUCUCAUCUCUGAAGCAGGUAUUGCAGCAAUUUCGUUAGAUCGGAUGCAUGCGACAUUUCGUCCAUUCAGGCAUCGCAACAUCAAAAAAUGGGCCUACGGGGUAACAAUUGCGGGCGUCUGGAUUUUAACUGCGUUGAUAUUAAUUCCCUUUCCGUUAAUAAUUCGGUAUGGGGACUGGCUACAGCAACAGUGGCAAUUGCUAUUUCCUUUCUAUUUAUGGCUCUCAUGUUGUUGCCUUUGCCUUGUUGUUAUCUGUGUUUCGUACACCUCCAUUGCUUUAAAAUUUUGGUGUGGAACCCGUCCUCCGUCACAUGGUGCUGCCAAUAGACAAAGAAAACUGACUGUCACAUUAUUUAUUAUGACCAUUGCAUCUUUGCUGUUGUGGUUACCAUAUAUUACAUUGACUUUUCUUUCUUUGAAUGUUAUACACAGUCUUUCUUUCCCGACAUUUUUACGUUUGAAAUUGUAUUUUAUUCUUCUAUACCACACAAACUCGCUUGUUAAUCCCAUUAUUUACACAAUCAGAAUGCCAGAGUUCAGAAGAGCUCUCCUAAUACUAUUUAAACGUCGACAAAGAGAAAAUGCUGUUAUUCCUCUUCAAGCCCGUUAA